GGGCGCGCGGAGCGGCGGCGGGGGCCGCGGCGGGGGCCCGGGCGCGCGGGAGCGGGAGCGGCCCGGGGAGUCGGAGCGCACCAUGGAGGCGGCUGCCAGCGGCCGCGGCGGCUUUCAGCCGCACCCGGGGCUGCAGAAGACGCUGGAGCAGUUCCACCUGAGCUCCAUGAGCUCGCUGGGCGGCCCGGCCGCCUUCUCGGCGCGCUGGGCGCAGGAGGCCUACAAGAAGGAGAGCGCCAAGGAGGCGGGCGCGGCCGCGGUGCCGGCACCGGUGCCCGCGGCCGCCGAGCCCCCGCCGGUGCUGCACCUGCCCGCCAUCCAGCCGCCGCCGCCUGUGCUGCCUGGGCCCUUCUUCAUGCCGUCCGACCGCUCCACCGAGCGCUGCGAGACCGUGCUGGAGGGCGAAACCAUCUCGUGCUUCGUGGUGGGCGGCGAGAAGCGCCUUUGCCUCCCGCAGAUCCUCAACUCGGUGCUGCGCGACUUCUCGCUGCAGCAGAUCAACUCGGUGUGCGACGAACUGCACAUCUACUGCUCCCGCUGCACGGCCGACCAGCUGGAGAUCCUCAAAGUCAUGGGCAUCCUGCCCUUCUCCGCGCCCUCGUGCGGGCUCAUCACCAAGACUGACGCCGAGCGCCUGUGCAACGCGCUGCUCUACGGAGGCGCCUACCCGCCACCCUGCAAGAAGGAGCUGGCCGCCAGCCUGGCACUGGGCCUGGAGCUCAGCGAGCGCAGCGUGCGCGUGUACCACGAGUGCUUCGGCAAGUGCAAGGGGCUGCUGGUGCCCGAGCUCUACAGCAGCCCGAGUGCCGCCUGCAUCCAGUGCCUCGACUGUCGCCUCAUGUACCCGCCCCACAAGUUCGUGGUGCAUUCGCACAAGGCGCUCGAGAACCGGACCUGCCACUGGGGCUUCGACUCAGCCAACUGGCGGGCCUACAUCCUGUUGAGCCAGGACUACACGGGCAAGGAGGAGCAGGCGCGUCUCGGCCGCUGCCUGGACGACGUGAAGGAGAAGUUCGACUACGGUAACAAGUACAAGCGGCGGCUGCCCCGGGUCUCCUCCGAGCCCCCGGCCUCCAUAAGGAAAACUGACAGCGCCUCCUCCCAGCUCCCCACGUCUUCUGAGAAGGACAAGCAGUCUGGCUGGCUGCGGACCUUUGCCAGCUCCUCCAGCAAGAGCCUCGGCUGUGCUCACCCUCGCCAGCGCCUCUCUGCCUUCCGACCCUGGUCCCCUGCAGCUCCCGCAAGUGACAAAGAGCUCUCCCCACACCUCCCGGCCCUGAUUCGAGACAGCUUUUACUCCUACAAGAGCUUCGAGACCGGGGUGGCCCCCAAUGUGGCCCUGGCACCGCCGGCCCAGCAAAAGGUCGUGAGCAGCCCACCGUGCCCCACCGCCAUCUCCCGGGCGCCCGAGCCCCUCACCGCCUGCGCCCAGCCUCGGAAACGGAAGCUUGCCGCGGACGCACCCAGCGCCCCGGAGACAGCAGCAGCCACAGCUGCCCUCGAGGACGACAAGGACUCGGAGGCCGAGGUGGAGGUGGAGAGCCGGGAGGAAUUCACCUCCUCGCUGUCCUCGCUGUCCUCGCCGUCCUUCGCCUCCUCCAGCUCUGCCAAGGACCUGAGCUCGCCGGGCACGCACGCCCCGCCUUCAGCCCCCGCCGAUGCCCCCGGUGGCGGACUGGAGGCGGAGCUGGAGCACCUGCGGCAGGCCCUGGAGGGCGGCCUGGACACCAAGGAAGCCAAAGAGAAGUUCCUGCACGAGGUGGUGAAGAUGCGCGUGAAGCAGGAGGAGAAGCUGAGCGCCGCGCUGCAGGCCAAGCGCAGCCUCCACCAGGAGCUGGAGUUCCUGCGCGUGGCCAAGAAAGAGAAGCUGCGGGAGGCCACGGAGGCAAAGCGCAGCCUGCGGAAGGAGAUCGAGCGCCUGCGGGCAGAGAACGAGAAGAAGAUGAAAGAGGCUGCGGAGUCACGGCUGCGGCUGAAGCGGGAGCUGGAGCAGGCGCGGCAGGUCCGGGUGUGCGACAAGGGCUGUGAGGCCGGCCGCCUGCGUGCCAAGUACUCGGCCCAGAUUGAGGACCUGCAGGUGAAGCUGCAGCACGCGGAGGCUGACCGUGAGCAGCUGCGGGCCGACCUGCUCCGGGAGCGGGAGGCCCGCGAGCACCUGGAGAAGGUGGUGAAGGAGCUGCAGGAGCAGCUGUGGCCCCGGCCGCGCCCCGAGGCCGCAGGCGUUGAGGGUCCCACCGAGCUGGAGCCCUAGGCUGCCGUCUGCUGCUGCGCCAGCGGGGCCUGCCCCCACAUAGCACAACGUCUCACUGUGCCUGCGACCAAGCGAGAGUUUGGAGCCACGUCCUUUUGAAAUCCACUGCAAAAUUUUCUACUGGCCAAGUUCAGGAGAGCAGCCGGGUCCCCACUGCCGCUGGAGACAAGGCCAGCUUGGGGCUGGGGCUGGCCCUCUGCUUGCCGGAACAUUCUAACAUUUACAUUUUUGUUAUAAGCUAUUUAAAACCAACAAGGAGACUUGAUAUUCAGAAAAAUCAACAGGUUUUUUAAUGACUAACUUUUAAAAGCCCCACCAACACGUGAUGUGAUCUGAGGACCUGCCCAGGGAGUGGGGUGGCAGCCACCCCAUCCCGAGAAGCCAUCCCUGCUCAGUGGCACCACAGCUGCGUGAGGACUGAAGGGUCUUUCUCCAGAGUCUAUUUUUUCAGCGACAAGGACCCGGGUCUCCUGUGCUGCCGCCAGGGAGAGCAAGGAGAGGAACGCGCCAUGCCCGAGCUGGGACGCUGUGUCUUAGGCUGGCUGCAGCGCCACCUCGCCAUCAGCAGGUGUCGCUCGGGAACGCCGAGCCGAGGGGUGCCAUCUGCCGGGGCGAUGAUGAGGCGGGUCCGCACUGGCUGGCACGCGCCGCUUGCCCACGGCCACCUCCUCUCAGCUCAGUGGACACCACUCCUGUUUGGGGGCUGAGGCUGCCAGCAUUGGAACAAAACAGCAUUAUUUCACUUUUUCUCUGUUUGUUUGUUCAUUUAAACGUAUAUUUAGAACCGCACUUUGUCAAAAAUCUUCCCUUUUUAUUCCCCAGUUAAUUGGGGUUUUUACUUUUCAAAUAUUACAAACCGAUUUAUAGAGCAGUUCACAUCCUAAGUGCUCGAGUGUUUAGAAACCCCCUCUGGUGCUUGGUUGAACAAGGGAAUCACAAGAAAAUGAAAAUGCAAAAACUGAACUUCGGGGGGUAGUCCUGUGCCUUCCAGCAUCUUGUACAGCAAAUCCUAACUCGUCUUUUUAUCCCCAAAAUAUGUCUCCAGUAGCAAUUGAAUCUGCCACCAUCAGAAUAAGUUACCUGCAUUUAUUCCAAAUAAUCUCGUUUACUCACUGUUUAUGCAAAUUGUAUAAGGUUUCUUAUGCCCAAGCUUGAAAACUGAUUUCCCAGUAGUCAAGAGGCGGCUGUCUGCUCUGCGGUUGUAUUUAUUUACGUGAGGUAGAUCUUCGCGGAAUCUGGCUUGACUCUGCUCACACCGUGGCAGCUGUGAGGCAGCCGGACUGGAGAGCAUCUCGCCAGGGCAGGUACGGGCGGCACGGUGAGAGGCAGAGACCUGGGGCUCGGUGGUGCCGGCAGGGUUCUGCCCUUGGUUCGCUGGGCAAGGGGCGGGUGCCGCUGGGCCCCCUCUGACGUGCAACGCGAAAGGAACAUCACGUAUAUGCAGCGUCUGGAUGUUUUUUUGCUUCUGUUUUCUUUUGCAGUUAUUAAAUCUGUGUGCAUGGAAUUUUAAACCUCUGCCAUACGUAUAUCCAUCGAUGGGCAUUAUUACCGUGUUACAUAAAGGGUCCGUUUUGUUAGCAACACUCAGAAUGCUGUGCUCAGCCUUGUUUUUCCAGAGUUGUGUUUUUUUCAGUCAUUUCUUCUAGGGAAGCGAAACAAUUUAGUUGGAGCGAAGCUUUAAAUGUGUCAGUGCACUUCUGUGUGUCUGUGCCCUGUGGCCAAGUCUGAAAGCCCAGGGAGGUCAGAGGGCCUGCGGCCUGUGCCCUGGUCCGAUCUGCUUGCUUUUGAGUUUUUAGGCUCUGGAGGUAGGUCAGCUCCUCUGAGUUAUGUGCGAGGGCACUGCCUCUUGCCCAUGCCAGGUCCCCUGGCUCCCAAUUCUUGUCCAUCUAUGCACACCGGCACGAGUUGGUGUCAUCCGAACAUCGGGGCACAGCGACAGCAUAUCCCUAAGAGCUGGUGGAUGUGGGCCCUGGGAAGGUCCUGCCCACCCAGGCCCGCCCCUCCCGAGGGUCCCACCAGAGCUGGUGGGGUGGGGGCCGGGCACAGUGGGGUUUCCCUUCACCAGCAGCUCCCUGGCCAAGGCCAGGGCAAGGGGCAGGGUCGUCCCGGCCGCUUCGCCCUCCAGAGCCAGUCCAGAGCCAGCCCAGCUGCAGGCGUCUCUCGCCACUGCCUGUCGGCCCCCAGCCCGAGGCCCAGCUCUGCAGGGCAGCUGCGGAGGAGGGCGGAGAGGCUCUGCCUGCAGCCAUGGCUCUCUGUGUGCUAUGCCCGUCAUUGAAACGAUUUGUGUGCUGAGUUUAAUCACUCAUUUCUGUGCUGAAGAUUCUUAACGAAGGGAAAAAACAACAGCAAUAACACGUCUGGAGCAGCUAAGCCUGAUGCUCCGCCUCCGCACGGGGCUUGCCGGCAUGGGCCGGCUCCCUUGCACGUGCCCCCCGCGCCGUCGUGCCGCACGUGUGUAUGGUGGUUCCUUUUUCAGAAACUUCUCACCUGGCAGUCGUCUUGCUCUCUGGGCCGUUUCUGAGGAAGAAAUGCUCAGCUGCGAGGGGGCCGGACAAGCCCCACGCCAGACACCCCCACGCCCUGCCCGCCCCAAGGCUCCAGGGAGGCCGGCUUGUUCUUGCUUUAAGUCAGGAGUCACAAGCGACAUUUUUUCAAUUAAGGAAAAAAACACAGCUCUACCUUUAUAUCCGCCAGGAGCGUCUGCAUUGCCGCCAUUUUCUCCUUUGCUGCUAAUGACAAUAUGAUGACUGACUCUACUAUUCGAAAACUAUUUUUAUGUAAUUAAUGUAUGCUUUCUUGUUUAUAAAUGCCUGAUUUAAAAAGAAAAAA